UCUUGUCUCACGCCGAGAUAUUAUUUUCCGAUCAAAAAUUUGAGCCCAAUAGGUAGUAAUGGAGUGUAGAGAUGAAUCGGUGAUCUAUAGGUGCUCUUUGAGAAUUUUGUUUAAGCCAAACGAUUUUUCCAAGGACGUAAGAGAGACAAUUAAAGCUAUAUAAGCACCUACUUGUGUUUUGGGUCAUGGCAUUGAGAUUGCAACCAAGUUAUUGUUUGAUUUUAGGGUGAGAGUGAAGGUGGGCAUGGCUUGUUCGAGCUAUGGAGGAGUACAAGAGGUCCCUGGAAGCUAUGGCUUGCCUAUCAUCGGAGCCAUUGCAGAUCGCUACGACUACUUCGUAAAGAAAGGAGUAGAGCCUUUCUUCAGAAAGCGCAUGGAGAAAUACAAGAGCACCGUGUUCAGAGUGAACAUGCCGCCUGGACCGCCUAUAUCUCGCGAUCCUCGCGUCAUAAUUCUGCUGGACGCCAAAAGCUUUCCCAUACUCUUCGACAUGAGCAAAGUGGACAAGACCAACGCCUUCACGGGCGUCUACACGCCCAGCACAAAAUUCACUGGCGGCUAUCGGGUGCUCUCGUAUUUGGACCCUUCUGAACAAAAUCAUAGCAAGCUCAAGAACUUCUGCUUCUAUGUACUCAAGACCAACGCAACCAAAUGGUUUCCGGAAUUCAAACGUGCCACGGGAGAGCUGUGGGCUAAGCUCGACAGACAAUUUGCCCAGUCCGGCAAGGCCGAAUUCAACAGCGAGAAUUUGCAAAUGUGUUUUAAUUUUCUGUGCAGGUCGGUGCUGAACAGAGACCCAGCGGAACCAGGGUACGCAAGCCUGGGAACUCAAGGGCCUAGUUAUGUGUUCAAGUGGAUUGGGCUUCAGCUCGCUCCAAUUGCAAGCACGGGUGUGCUGCCCAAGAUGUUGGAGGAGAUCACAAUCCACGCACUCCCUCUGCCGUUCCUGCUUGUACGUGGGGAUUACAAAAAAGUCUACGAUUUCUUCUGGACAUAUGGCAGGCAUUUGCUGGAGGUAGCGGAGCAUCAGUUCGAUCUAAGUAAAGAGGAGGCAUGCCAUAAUCUGGUGUUCACCAUAUGCUUCAACACCUUCGGAGGAAUGUUCAUUUUUUUUCCCUCCCUCAUACAACGCAUUGCAACCGCGGGCAAGCAGCUGCAUGCAGAUCUGGUAGAGGAAAUAAGAGGUGGCAUUAAAAAACACGGAGGAUUGGACAUAAGAGCCCUAGAGAGCAUGGCGUUGCUCCGUUCGACUGUGUAUGAAGCGCUGAGGAUAGAUCCACCCGUGCCGUUCCAGUAUGGGCAUGCGAAAGAGGAUUUGGAGGUGGAGUCGCACGAUGGGAGAUAUGCGGUGAGGAAGGGAGAGAUGCUUGGUGGGUAUCAGCCCUUUGCAACCAGAGAUCCCAGAGUGUUUCAUUACCCUGAUGACUUUCUUCCCCGGCGUUUCAUGGGAGAGGAAGGGGAGAAACUGUUAAAAUAUGUGCUGUGGUCGAACGGGCCGGAGACCGAGCAGACGACGGUGCAUAACAAGCAGUGUGCGGGGAAGCACUUCGUGGUGAUGAUAUCACGCCUGCUGGUGGCGCAUCUGUUUGUGCAUUACGACUCCUUUGAGAUCGACCCAUCCACCACAACCAAAGUCGUUUUUACUUCCCUGCAAAAGGCCACUUCUUUAUUCCCCUUCUCUCAGUUAAAUGUAGGAGCCUAGAUAAGGCAUGUUAAUUAUAUGACAGAAAGCCUUAAGGGGUAGUUAUUUCAGAAGUGUUGUGUUGUUACCUUGAGCAAUGUCGAGAAUGUUGUAUUGUUAACUUCAUAGCAAUGUCAACAUGUUUAAAUGUUUUGUGAUU